CACAUUUAAUAUGACUUUCUUUUCUGCUUUUACCUCAACCUCAAUCACACACCUGUUUCUUUUACACAAAAACGGAACAUGGGCGGUUUCUUUUUACAGCUGUGUGUCAUUCAGCAUCAGCCACUUUAUUUUCCAAGAAGAAAAUCUGACGCAGAGUCAAGUGCAUCUCAUUGGAGAUCAUAAAGUGAAGAGAAAUUUCAUAAUUAAGAGUGUAAUACACCAGCCCGUCUGUUAUAAUCCAGUGAAAAUAAGACGUUAAUGAUCACAUUAAGUUUGCAGAUAUGGGAAGAAACUGAAGAGAGUCUGGCAUUUCCACUUCCUCUUGUGAUGCUAUAAAACAACAAUCAGCACAUGAAUGUGUGCUCAUUCAUACAGCUCUAGAAAACACAACACUCGGUAGACUCCUGAUAGAAAAUGCAGCGUUCUUAAGAAGACUGUAGCAGGAUUUUGAUACCCAAAUACACGUAGUCUGCUGAUUUGGAGACUGUUAUUCUGGUCUAAGCCAUGCUUUGUGAAGGCAGAUUGUUGAGCAUGACCUACGGUAACUUGGAAGAGCUGGACUCCCUCCCUCCUCAGAAGGCUCUCCUGAGUGCUUAUGGGCUACCGAGAACAGCUGCUACCCUCAUACCGAGCUCGGCCAGACGCACUCCGCUCGUUCAUCAUGGUUCCCCGGAGCAGGCAGGUAGCGCAGACAACAGGGGUGCUUCAGUGGAGUCGUACAUUUCUCCCCUGCAGUCCUUAGAUCUCCAGAGAGCCCAUGCUGGCAGACAGAUCUCUCCAGAGAUAGAGAUCCCAGCCCAGGAUCGCUCAGGUGGUGAUGCCCCGUUCUUGGUUCCCUCCUUCUGCCAGAGCAUCUGUCUAAACUACAGCGACCUCCACAUUGGAGGUGACCAGGUUCUGCCUCUAUCAACUAAUGAUGGUGAGCUGAGGGUCUGCACUGAUGCCCAGGCAGUCGGCCCCUUCCUCCAGUCCUGUGACGUCCCCCCGGCUGUGGAGGAUUCUCUCCCAGGACAAGCAUGUCAGGGUGGGCUGCCUUACCCACACAGAGGAGGCUCGAAUCGCUGGAGACUGGGGAGUGGUCGUGAUCGGAGCUUUUUGCUUCAGGGGCGUGAAGGUCCGUUCUCCAACUCCCUUCUAAAUCACUACCUGGAGCAGAAACUCCUGGAUCUGUACCAGCAAUUUAUGAUGGAGAACAUGGCCAGAGAAGGGGCCCCUGGUUCGGAUUCCGACGGAGGCCCCAUCUGCCCUCUGCUGGCCUCAGAGCUGGUCCUGACCAGCUUGGACCAGAUUACGUUGCAGCUCAGCCGGGAAGGCAACCUGGAGGCCGGCAUGGCCAAGGACAUGGUCCUGAGCUGCCUGCUGCGGGUGGCUGGUGACAUGCAGUCAAGUGAGAUCAGCACUCCCUUUCUGCAGAUUUCAAACGAGGCUUCCAGGGAGCAGCUCACGCAGAAUAAAGAGGAGUAACCCCGGUGUCAAGGAACUCUCUCAUCCAAAUCUCCCUUUCUUUUUAGCUGAACACCAAAAAAUAGGACGGAUGAUUAUUUUGUUCUCCUAUUAUCUUUUGAGAGGAUUUUGAGAGCAAGUUCUGUGCGUGAUUAUUAAUUACCAGGAGAAUCUGCUGUAUUUAUGUGUCAUAAUUUUAAUUCGCCGUACGUUGUGCUGUUUUUGUGCAGCUUUCUCUUUCUAAAAGGACAAUAAAGACAGGAACUGAAAACUGAAACUGAUAUUUCCCUUUUUUUCUAACAGAACAACACAUCAUCAACAACAUCAGCUCUCUGAAUGAAAAACAUUUUUUAUGGUUGCUUAUCAUUUAUCCAUCUGUUGUGAAUCUGUUUUAGUGGUAAAGUAAAGAGGAACAUGAUUCAGAGUAACAGAAUAAAGCCACGCUGUGAGGUUAAAGUUCCCCUUCA